AUGACGGUCACCCGACACCCAAAGGCCUUGGCGAACUUGACCGCGAGGUGGCCCAACCCGCCUAACCCGACGACCCCAACACUGAUCCCGGGCUUGUCGAGCCCGAAAUGCUUAAGCGGGCUCGUCGAGGGGCAAGUCGUCGGGCCAUCUGACAACAAAGUGCUCGUCAGCCACCAUGAUGUCCGAAUAGCCGCCUUGCGUGAUGGUGCCGUCAUAGUAAGGCAUGCUAUAGGUAAGGAUCUGUUUGGCGCAAUAGUUUUCGAGAUCUUUUUCACACAAGCUACACUCGCGACACGACCCCACCAGGCAACCGACCCCUACACGAUCACCGAUUUUGAAUUUUGUCACCUUUUACCUUCUGGAGAAGUUGAAAGGAGAAAGAAUGCCAGAUGGGUCUUUGGUGGCCCAUCCGAAGGCCUUGAUAGGUUACAAGUUACAUAA